GGCCUUUAUGCAGAAGACUUCUUCUAUUUGAUUAUGCAUAUGCCAAAUCUGGAGGAAGCAAAACUCAGUGUUGAGGAACACGUUGAGAAGCUUUUUGAAGCAGUCACAUCUGUCAAACGCCUUUCGUUAUCCGUACUACUCAACAUUGAAGACGAGAAUCUGUAUCAUUAUGGGAUUGUCUUCAAUCAGCUUGAACAUUUGAAGCUACAUAUAUGCCGAGAUAAUUGGUCGAAGUUGAUCCAUUCUUUGAUGAGGACUAUGAACAUGUUAGCUGGAAAUACAACGAUGAGACCUCUGUUCCUAAAUGUUUGUUGGAUAGUCUUGAAAUUUUCGAGUUUGCUGGGUACACGGGAAGACCAGAAGAAAGAGAUUUCGUGAGUUAUAUCUUCAAACAUGCUUGCCAUCUUAAGUCUUCAUCAGUUUCGCGCUUAUCCCGUUAUGUCCGAGAGUAGAAACUUCGAAAAUGAUCAAGGAGUUGUCGUAUCGAUCUCUGCGUUUUAGGCUCUUUUUGUUGUUGUCUAAGAAUGAACUUGAUACUUAACUGUAUUGUGGAACUUGCUUUCACUCGAAACAUGUACUUGAUAUUCAUCUCUCUUUGAUGAUAACAUAGAUUCCUUAAUCAACCUUGAAGUAUGUAUAUGUUUGGUGUUUGGGUGCAGAACAACGAAAAAUUGUUUUGGGUUUCA